AUGGAUGAAGAAAAUGAGACAUUUUUCAGUGACUUCACCCUCACAGGGCUCUUCACUAACAAUAAAGCCUCUGGUUUCCUUUUCAACAUCAUUUGUGCCAUCUUCUUCAUGGCCAUGAUAGCUAAUGGAGUCAUGAUCUUCCUGAUCCACAUGGACCCUCACCUCCACACCCCCAUGUACUUCCUGCUCAGCCACCUCUCUCUCAUUGACAUGAUGUAUAUCUCCACCAUUGUUCCCAAGAUGCUGGUCGAUUAUCUCAUGGACAAGAGGACCAUUUCCUUCGUUGCCUGUACAGCCCAGUACUUCCUCUAUAUGGGCCUUGUAGGGGCUGAAUUUUUCCUGCUGGGACUCAUGGCCUAUGACCGAUACGUGGCCAUCUGCAAUCCCCUCCGCUAUUCUGCUCUCAUGAGCCCUCGGGUCUGUUGGAUAAUCUUGGCCAGCUCUUGGUUUGGUGGUACUCUGGACAGCUUCCUCCUCACGCCUAUCACCAUGAGUCUCCCGUUCUGUGCUUCGCGCAAGAUCAAUCACUUCUUCUGUGAGGCACCCACCAUGCUGAGGCUGGCUUGUGGUGACAAAGCUGCCUAUGAAAUGGUGAUGUACCUUUGCUGUGUUGUGAUGCUGCUUAUCCCCUUCUCUGUGGUGCUCGCGUCCUACACCAGGGUUCUCAUCACGGUGCACCAGAUGAAGUCAGCAGAAGGGAAGAAGAAGGCCUUUGCCACCUGCUCCUCACACAUGAUGGUGGUGAUGUUGUUCUAUGGGGCUGCCCUGUACACAUACAUGCUUCCCCAAUCAUACCACACCCCAAUCAAAGACAAGGUCUUCUCUGCCUUCUACACUAUCCUCACUCCCUUGCUAAACCCUCUCAUCUACAGCCUGAGAAACAGAGAUGUGACUGGGGCCUUUAGGAGGGUUUUGGCAAGAUGUCGAGGGCCCUGUGGUGGGACAGUAGGAGAAUUCUGA